AUGUAUUUCCUCGUAAUGAUUUGGGAAGACGCCGAGUUACUACAACUGCGCCAAUUUCACAGUUUCAUGGAAUCUGCACCUCAAUUAUUGCUCGGCCUGUACAUCGCCAUCAAAGAAGAAUCCCUUUUAGAAUAUUCAUCGAUAUUCAAAAUCGUUACUUGUCAAAAUCGUGUCAAAAUCGGCAGCUUGUCGUGGGCAUUACUCUCGUACGAUAACAAAAUCUGCUUAAUGAAUGGAAAACGUGAUGAUGCGGGCCAACCGAGCCGAUCAAAUGUCAUCAGAAUUGACUUGACGAAUGAAUCAGAGAAAAAUGAUGUCAUUAAUUGCAUCAAAAACAUCAACUGUAAAGAAAGCGCUCUCUCAUUUUUCGCUCAUUUCUCUUGGAUAGUUGCCCGAUUGAUAGUCUUGAGUUUAUUCGCGUCUUUUCGCGGUUGGGUUAUUUGGAUGGCCUGUCUUGCUCACAUCUUCCUAAUUGUCAUUUGGCACAGGGGGGAAAACUACUAUUUCAUGGACUCGUUGAGAUUGUCAUUUCUCCACGUUUUCGCUUACUUGUACCCAAUCGAAAAGGAGUCUGAUCAAAAGAAACACCCCCGUUUCUCACCUUUGAUGUAUCUGACUGCCUGCAUCUGCGAAAAUCUAUUUCUCAUGUUACAGUGGAGCCAAAGUUUCAACGAAGACAAGGGAAUCAAUCUUAAAAUCUCAUCCAUCCAAUUCUAUCCAUGGAAAGAUUGGAAAUUCUUCCUCCCCUGGAUCGGCCAUAUUUUGAUGUUUAUUUUAAGUUUCAUUUCGUUUCGGUUGCUUAACAAACAUCGAAAGCCUUUUUCUCCUAUCACUCCUGUCAGUUCUGUCACUAUUUAGUCGUUCUUCGACCGCACUAAGAAAAAUCUUUUUAAACGCCAUCUUAGAAGAUGGAGAACCAAGAAGACUGUUAGUUUAAUUCAUUUCCCCUUUGAAUUAUGCAACACUUAUACUGUCUUAAGUAGUACUAUCAAUACACAGUCUUCAUCAAUUUUCUGGCAAAAUCUGAACGAAAAAUUUGAAAAAAAAAAAUCUAUUCCGCGGAUUAGCAAAACAAUUACCUUUUUGAUCCCCUUGAUCGCUUCUAAUUCUAUUUACCUCCGCUAAUCUCAGGAGAGAUAUCAUCUCGAUCAAAAUGAACGUACCUGCUGUCAAAUUCUCAGAGUUGAGUACAGCAUUGGAUCCACACGAAAUCCAUCAACCAAAGGAAGUUGUUGCCGCCAAUCCAACCGCAUCCGCUACGACAUUCCGAUAAACAAGAAAAUCCAGUACGCCGCUUGCAUUGAUAAUGUCACAAUCUAAAUAAAUAUGAAAUCAAAAGUUUUAAAAUAACAAAGAGUUUGCAUGUACUAAGACGUGUCGCCGGGAUAUUACGACGGAAUUAAAACAUUAAUUACUGUCUAUGUUGUGUUAGUUAUAGUAAUUUGAACAAAAGAU